CACCGUGCCUUAUUGUCUUUCAUUUAUUGACUUUGCACAGUUUCCCAGGUAGGAAGCCCACCGAUAUAGGCUAUAGCCCAUCUCUCUCGGAUUUUCAAGCAUUGAUCGUUGGAUUUCUCGUCACUCUCUUCCUCGAGCUUCAGUCCAAAGCAAAGGAUUGCGAAAAACAAAUGGGUGGUGAUGCAAAAGUCUUCAAUUUGUCUCAAGUCUCUGAGCACAACACGCGCGAGGACUGUUGGCUUAUUAUCAAUGGCAAAGUGUAUGAUGUGACCAAAUUCUUGGAAGACCAUCCUGGUGGUGAUGAGGUUUUGUUGUCGGGAACGGGGAAGGAUGCAACUGAUGAUUUUGAGGAUGUGGGUCAUAGUGAUAGUGCCAGAGAAAUGAUGAGCGAGUUCUAUGUUGGAGAAAUUGAUGCCUCAACGAUCCCAAAGAAGGGCACAUACAAGCCUCCAAAGCAGCCUCACUACAAUCAGGACAAGACAUCUGAAUUCAUCAUCAAGCUCCUCCAGUUCCUCGUUCCCCUAGCAAUCUUGGGUUUGGCUGUUGGCAUCCGCUUUUACACCAAAUCAGCAUAAUAAAAGCUUUGGAUUAAUCGUGUUGACAAUUUGUACUUAGUUUGCCUUGCAAUUAAAGAACACCAAUUUGUCUUCUCUUUUUCAUGCUGUUGUUGCAACUUGGAUACUGGAUAUAUAGCAGUAAAUGGAACUUGUGCUUGUCCUCCCA